AUGACUUCUCUCUCGCAGCGGCCCUCGGGCCUGGUCCAGCGGAGGACCGAGGCCAUUCGCAGCGCUGCGGCCGAGAAAGACAAGGAGUCCGACGGGGAGGAGGAGGAGGCCCGUCUCGGCGACGAAGAAGAGGACAAGGGGGACUCCAAAGAGACCCGCCUCACCCUGAUGGAGGAGGUGCUGCUGCUGGGCCUCAAGGACCGAGAGGGCUACACGUCCUUCUGGAACGACUGUAUUUCUUCCGGGCUCAGGGGCUGUAUGCUGGUGGAGCUGGCCCUAAGAGGCAGGCUGCAGCUGGAGGCCUGUGGGGUGAGGAGGAAAAGCCUUCUCUCCAGAAAGGUCAUCUUCAAAUCAGACGCACCAACCGGAGACGUGCUUCUCGACGAGGCUUUGAAGCACAUAAAGGACACUCAGCCUCCAGAGAGCGUGCAGAGCUGGAUAGAGUUGCUCAGCGGAGAGACCUGGAAUCCUCUUAAGCUGCACUAUCAGCUUCGAAACGUGAGAGAACGUCUAGCAAAGAACCUUGUCGAGAAGGGCGUCUUAACCACAGAGAAACAGAAUUUUCUUCUUUUCGACAUGACGACACACCCUUUGACCAACAGUACAAUUAAACAGCGCCUCGUGAAGAAAGUCCAAGAUUCGGUGUUGGAGAAGUGGGUGAACGACCCGCAUCGGAUGGACAAGCGCGUCCUGGCCCUGAUCCUCCUCGCCCACUCCUCCGACGUCCUGGAGAACGCCUUCGCCCCCCUCCAAGACGACCAGUACGACCUGGCCAUGAAGAGAGUCCACUCGCUCCUGGAGCUGGAGCCGGAGAAGGAAAGCACCAAGCCCAAUGCCAACGAACUCAUGUGGGCCGUGGUGGCUGCGUUCACUAAAUGA